AUGGACUUUGUGUGUAAAGCAACCCUUUACAUCCACCUGAGAGUUCACACUGGAGAGAAGCCCUUUGAAUGUGGUGAGUGUGGGAAGCGUUUCCCACAUAAAGCAACCUUUGAUAUUCACAUGAGAAUUCACACUGGAGAGAAACCUUACACCUGCCAACUGUGUGGAAAAACUGUGAAUCGGAGAGGAAGUCUUGUAGUUCACAUGAGAGUUCACACCAGAGAGAAGCCGUACACCUGUAAUCAGUGUGAAAAAGGCUUUUCACGUAAAGAAUUCCUUAGUAAGCACAUGGAGAUUCACUCAAGAGAGAACUGCUUUAUAUGCCGUCAGUGUGGAAGGAAAUUCACAGACAGGGAACAGUUAAAGAAGCACGUAAUAACUCAUAUCGGACAGGAGCCUUUUAUGUGUCAUCACUGUGGAAAGAGUUGCUCAAAAAAAGCAAACCUCAGGACUCACAUGAGAAUUCACUCUGGAGAGAAACCCUUUACAUGCGAACAGUGUGGAAAGAGUUUCAGACAGAAAACAACUCUUCAGAAUCACAUGACAGUUCACACCACAGAGAGGCCUUUUCAAUAUGGACCCAUGACUUUGAAGUAUAUUACAGUAGACUAA